AUGAAGAAUCAUUAUGUAGUUUCUUGUAACAAAGACAAAAAUCUGCUAUGGAAAGCAGCUCAACAGAAAAAUAUUGAUCCACCGGAUGUAGUAAUUUACAAUUUCAGUGCUGCUUUAAUAGAUAAAGCAUCUCAAGUUCCAGGUUUUGAAAAUGUUCCAGUACCUGUAAUGAAUAUUCUGAUGGAAUAUGGAAAUAAUUAUAUUCUGGCAUGUUAUCAAAUUUUAACAUGUUUUGCACUUAUUUCACAGGCACAUGACGAUAUUACUUUGGAAAGCAUUAUUGAAUGUUCAGACAAAAACGCAGAGAUAUUUAAUUCCCAAUCUGAGGAACCAAUUGAGAAUGAUAUUUUAAAGCAAUUUAAUGACAUGCUUGGUAUGUGUCUGCCUGCCGUUAAUCUUGAAAAUAAAUUUCAAACUUAUAUUAAAGAGGCUAUUGAUACAGAUAAUAGCACGCCUCAACUAAUUGUUGCAGAAAAAAAAUUGCUCCUGUUGUCGACCUAUACAGAUUGCACAGAUUGCAUUCUUUAUGGCCUUCCAUUAGUGUUUGAGAUUGACAGUAAAUACUACUUGUAUAUAAGGUAUUUUGAAACUGAGCUACUAAAGGGUUUCUUUCAUUCUGCUGGAGUGGAACUUAUAAAGUCAGCAUUAAGCGAAAUAACUUUUGAAGAAACUUAUCUCAUGUCAAUAUACAAUGAUUGGGAUGUGAAAGCUGCACAAUCUCAUUGUUCAACUGAUAAACGUAGUAAAGGGACAUCUAAGAACAGCAAUGUCUUUAAAAUGAUAACCCAAGGAAAUCAAUCAGCAAUGAAUAAAUCUUUACCACUUGGACACACUGUCUUAAAAAGAAGAUUUUUGUCAAAUGCCCCUGGUUAUAUUGUUUUUUCCCGAAGGAAUGCAAGUAAAUGCAGAAAUAAAGACCCAAAGAAUUUGUGGUUUGUGUAUGCUUUUUUAUAUGCAAAAUCUUGUCAGCAGUUUAAAAUUAUUGUCAAUAGAUUGGGAUAUAUUUUAAAGCAGCACUUAUUCUACUGAAUGUGUAACUCUGCCUUCCAACUAACAAAGGCACUGUAAUGCACUUUAAAUAUAUUUAAUUAUUUUUAAAGGUUCUUUAAAGUCGAGGGAUUGGGAGAAGUAAGUAAAUAGGAUCACCUAAUUAAAGACUAUCUAAUCAAUCCAUCACAGAACCACAAAUAUUCCACCUUUAAAUACAUUGUGCAGCAUUUCGGUAUAAAGACUACUUUAACGUUAGAAGAGAAGUUUUUCACGUUAUUUGUUAUUCCCAACUUCCACAGAUGGGAAGCAAAUAAGUCCAGUAGUGUAAAGAAAGAAGAAUGUUUUAUUGGUAGCGGACGAUCACCAAGACACCAAGUGUUAAGAUUAAUUUUGCAAUUAUUUGAUAUAGAUGAAGAUUUUAAUAUGGUGGAUCAGAUAAAGCAGAAGCGAUAUGCCAUCUUAAAUGACGUUUUCAACAAUACUUACCAUCGCCUCCGUCAAGAAUAUGCCCCGCUUGUAAAGAAAAGGAGACUGUCAAGGAGAGUAAAGCCUAGACUGACAAUGCAAACACCCUUGCGUCAGCUAAACAUAUCUGACGAGGAAUUUAAAAGCAUGCAACAUCAAAAUGAAAUGGAAAGCAUUUCUUUAUAUCAAGCAUUUAAAGAUAAUAUACUGAAUCACGGAACCUUAAAAUGGAGAGUAUUUAGCAGUACUAAUCAAACAGUUGCAAUGAACGAUUAUGAUUCGGAAACUGGCGACUUUAAGUUUUUUGAUUAUGUUAUUGUAUCCAUGGAAGCCUCACCUUAGGAUAACGAUGUUGUCUGGAAUUGUUCCUGUGAAACAUUUCGUGUAUUAAUGUCUACUGUGCAGAUGAAUUUUGGCGAAAUUACUUGGGAAGGAUUGAUGUGUCUUCAUUGCCAGCUACAGAACUGGUAAAUAGCUCAGAUAACGUUUCUGAUAGUGAAGAUGGAGAGAUAGAUAUUACUGAUGACGUAGAGGAUGUCAAUUUAGAGUUAGAAGAAGAAAUUGUUAGCGAGGGUGGAUUGGCUGAUCAUUUG